UCUUCUCUCUCUGAUGGAUUCGCUGGGACGCUUCGUCUGCUUCUAUUUUCUCUCAGUUUCCUUCUUCUUCUCGCAAGCUAGGGCGCAAGGUAGUGCGUUGGUCUUCUUCAUCGAUAGCUCUACUCAUCGAUUUCUUCGCAGCCCGGCCUCAAACGAUGUCGUCGUCAAGCCUGACUCAAUGUCGCUACCGGAAGUCAGCGCUGCUGUGUCUGUGUUGCUUGGAUUUGCACCGCCUGCUUCACUCUCCGCUGCUGGUUCAUCUAAGUUGAAUGAGGUUCUUGUGCCCAAUCCGUUUAAUAGACCUCGCGCUGUUUUCGUCCUCGAAGUCAGGGGAAUUGCUGAUCCUGCUCUUGCUGUCAAGGAAAACUCUUUGUUUAAAAGUGCUUAUGAAACCAAGAUUGACCUUGGCUUGAAGAAAGCUGAGAUUGAGCUUCCUGAUGAAAGUGAAGUAUCUGUCUUUUCUUUGGAUGAGCAAUCAACAGACUAUACUGACAGUGAAAUCAGCGAUUUUGCCUCUUGGAUGGGCGGAUCAUAUGUUGCUGAUGCAUCGGAAACGUUAAAUGGAGAGUUGACCUUCCCUUUGGCCAAUGGUUAUCAGCUGAAGCUUCAUAUGUCCAAGGAAGCAGACAGGAAAUUCACAACAAACCUUUUGGUGCUCAUUCGCAACUUUAGAAGGGCAAUGGAGUUGCAUGAAGAUUUGUUGCAAAGUAUCCACAGUCCAGCUGAGCUGUUAACAGGCAGUUUUGAUGGCAUCAAGGUUUUAGAAGAGCAAUAUGGAUCUGAAGGUGUUGCUCAACAAGGGAUCGUACUGCUUGUUGCUGCAUUGACAAAGAUGUUUGAUUCACUCGAACAUGCAUACAGAGGUCAAAUUGUUGGAGCUGUCCUCUUCAAUGAACUAACACCUUUGGAGUCAGGGAAGAUGUUGGAUGUGAUGUAUACCGGUCGACCAUCUGCUCGUUGGUUGGCAGAAACAGAGCCCCCAUCAAAUAUGACUAUUGUGGAAGUGCAGCUUGUUAGAAGAACACUUGCUUGGAUCACAGGGAUUAUCCUUCUGAUUUCAACUCUCUUGGGGGUAUGCUUCCUUGUGAAUAUGCCAAUCACCAAGGAUACUUUACUGUACUCUAAUGUCAAGCUGGACUAGGCAUGGAAGGAGAUAUUUAAUCCAUGCGUUUCAAGCGGCAGAAGAGUUCAAGGUUGCCACCUGCACCUAAUUUGAUGUCGUUCUUAUAGAAGUCUUAUGAUAUGCAUCCUGUUAAUCAGAGGGUCUCUCAAUUAUGCAUUAAUGGCAUGAACUGGGAAAUGUGUCCAUGGAAGGGUAAAUCAGUUAUUAUUACAUGGUAUAUUUUAUGUAAAGCAUGCUUUUGGCCACGGCAUUAGGAAUUUUGAGAAAGAUUUGACUCUCGAAUGUAUUCAGUGGAUUCAAAACUACAUUGGGACAUGUAUUGUAUCUAUCUGGGUUCUUAAUAAACAUUGAAUUAUGAUU